GGCACCCGCGCCCUUCAGCCGGCAAUCGCUGGGAGGGGAGUUCCUCCGACACGCCUCCCCCCUUCCCCCCCAGGCCGUGUCCUGGGCUGCAAACACUGCUGGAUAGCAGAGAACUGAGCCGAGCAGCCGGCGAUCCUUCUCCAGCCACAGUAAAAUCCGAGGCGAAAGAGGAAAGAGGAGAAGCCCUCAGGCACAAGGGCGCCGGCCGGAGCCUCUAGGGGCGGAGAGGAGCCGCCUCACGCACCUGCCGCCGACCCGGCACGGCCCAGCGCAUCUCGUCUCAGCGCCGAGCCAGGCUGCCCUCCAAGAAUUCCUGGUCUCUGUGCAUGUGAGGUGUGAAGGUGGGCAACAUCCCGUAGCUGUCACCAUGGAUUUUGUUAUGAAACAAGCUUUAGGAGGGGCUACCAAAGACAUGGGGAAGAUGCUUGGUGGGGAUGAGGAGAAAGACCCAGAUGCUGCCAAGAAAGAAGAGGAACGACAGGAAGCACUCAGGCAAGAAGAGGAAGAGAGGAAAGCCAAAUAUGCCAAGAUGGAGGCUGAAAGAGAAGUUAUGAGACAAGGGAUUCGAGACAAGUAUGGGAUAAAGAAGAAGGAAGAAAAGGAAGCAGAGGCCCAGGCUGCACUGGAAGCUAAUGCUGAAGGGAGUCUGACGCGCCCAAAGAAGGCAAUCCCUCCUGGCUGUGGGGAUGAAGAGGAGGAGGAAGAAGAGAGCAUUCUAGACACAGUCAUCAAAUACUUACCAGGGCCCCUGCAGGACAUGUUCAAGAAGUAAUAACUGCAGACUGUUAGACGGGCAUAAACAGUACUGCAAAGGAUUUCUCUUUUGCCCAAUGGGGAUUUACAAUCUUGCCAUCCAUCAUGUAGCCCUCCCCACCUCUGGCCUCUACUGCUCACUAGAGGUCCCUUUGCUUCCCAUUCCCUUCUGACUGCCUUUUUCCCUUCCCUCCAGCCCAAGACUAAUCCAUUCCUUCUUUGUACAUAGUCACAUCCAGUAGAUGCCUCUGAAUGGAUGUAAAGAUUAAAAAGCUGCAGACUACACAACUUUUAUUAUAAGCCAUAGUACUAUGUAUGUUAAAUAAGGCAACUGUACAUUAAGCAUAGAAAAGGAACAACCUCACAUGCAUUUCCAUCCAAAGCAGGAAAGCGUAUUCACUAAGUGUGAACAGUGGCCUCUUUAAUUCUCUUUAAUUCUCUUUAAUUAUCUUUUUAUUUUUAUUGAUAAUAAUUAUUAGCUGUUACUAUUAUUAAUGUUCUUGUUGAUUGGCUCACACUAGCCAUUUGUUGUUGAGCAUGUCUGUCCUUGGAAGGGAUAUCUCAUUUCUCCCAUGGAUACAGAGCCUUUCUGUUUUAAUUUCAUCACUGGCAUGAAUAGGAGAUUAUUUGGAAAGUAAAUCGUACAUGACAUACACAGCUGACAUUAACUCAGAAAUGUGGAAGAAGUGAGUCAUCUGCCCUCAGAUGCUGGUGGAAGUUAAAUGCCCAGAAUCUAAGCAAGAGUCAUGUUACUUUGGGAAUUAGCCAUAUACUUAACUUGAAAGAGCAGAUUUGGUCAGACUGCUGCCAUUCUGAGACCUGAAACCACAUGAAAGUGCAUGGUGCUCUAGUAGAGGAUCUCCCCAACCCCUUUGAAGCCAGUGACCAAGUACAUAGACUGCUCUGAUUAACUAACCUUCCUCUUUCUGCCCAGUGACAUAUUCAGCCGUUCCAUUCCCUGCGGUGGUUGCAAGAUGGACAUUUGGUUUCCUGUAUAUUGUUGUGGCUGUGUUCUGCCCACCCCUUCCUGCCUUGUGUGGGAGAGUGCGGUGGCCCUGGAGAUCCAGAAAUCCUGAGUUCACCUACCGUGUAUCAUGCUAAAUUACUGCAUUGCCUUGGGGAGGUCACUUAAUUUCCUGCCCCACUGAGCUUCUCCAGAUGUAAAGUUUAAGUUUCAGUUUCUACCUACUAUAAAGGCAUAAAGUGAGAAUGCUUCUCCAGUGCUGUGCAGAAACUAGUUAAUAUUAUAACAGUGUGUGGCAUCCCUUUAUGUUAGUCAGAUGUGAGGAAAUCUGUCUCACCAUUAUCUUUGUUGCCUUUCCCAGACACAGUUACAGAGAGCUUCUCAACAUAGCGCUUCAGGUAUCAAGUAACUGCAUAACAUAAGCCAAAUUCUACUGGAGAGGUUGACUUGCUUGUACAUACACAGACUUACAUACAUAGAUUUAUUCUGAAUAUAGACCCUAUGAUCAGGUGUCUGGCUUGUCAUCUGAAAUGCUGAUCCUGGAAUUUUUGCAUUUGGCUAGGUCUCUGUAGUUGCUGCUGUGAGAACAUCAUGCCAUCUCAGCCUCACAAUCUUGUAAGAGAAUCAGGGUUUGCCUGGCAGAACUAGGCUUGUUUGUCCCUGUCAUGGGAACAACAAAAGUUUCAUAAGUAAAGGGAAGAGAUUUGGAAGCAAAAACACAUUUUCUACUGACAACAAAAAGGAAAGCAAUCUGAGACACUUCAUUAUGUACCCUAAAUCAAGCAUUUUACUUCAGUGGAGCUUCUUUGACACACAUGUUCAGUUGAACUGAGUUUAGGCAAACAUCUCAGUACUUUCCUGGAUAAAGUAUUUUAAAAGAUGUUUAUCAUCUUUUCAGGUAAGCAGAAGAAAUCUGCACCAUAGUUAAGGCAAUGAGCUUGUGAACUCUGUGCCUUUUAAGCAGCAUCUCUCAUAAUAGAGAAAAAUAUUAGGAAAGAGAAGAAAUAUAUGUAUUUUGGCCUCCCCAUCCAAUUCUUAGGCAUGCUUGUCCAUGCUUCUUCACAGAUAACUUCAACCAUAGGUUUCUACCAAAUCCAAAGUGGAGACUGAGGAAGUUUGAUUGAUCUACAAGUCAGAACCAGCUGAUAAAGAUGCAACCUAUUUCAGGCUGGUUCUACAAAAAAGACAUGUUCAUUCAAGUACAAACUGCCAAGCACUUCCCACAGUAAAGAAAAGGUAGGUUUUACUCUUUUGGAUAAUACCAGUGGGUUUUUUUGUCCUAAGCUUCAUUUAAUGCAAGAUGAGUGUCUGAAUCAAUGCUUGGGUGUAGCAGAGCAGUGUUGAGCAAUUUAUCAUUUUCCAGGGAAAGUGUCCUACUCACCCCAUACAAGUUCAGCAACCACUGUUAAAUUACUAUUUAAGUAAACUUCAAAGAAUUGAAAACCCUCCUGUCACAAAGGCAGUAGCAGUUUUUGAUGCUCUGCCACAGAGGGAACUAAAUCCAACACCCCUGAAAGCUGAAAGGCAGAGGCUGGCCCUUUGCUUCAGCCACUCAUUGGUAGUGAAAUAUUCUAGCCCAGAUCACACUGACACACUGACAUCAAUAUUUUUGAAAUGCUCUGACUAAUCUCUGCAGCCUGCAUCCUCUAAUACAUAAGUGGAACGAGCAGGAAUGUGUCCCUGCUAAAAGGAAUACAUCCAUUCGUAUUUUCCCCUGGCCUUGUGCUGGAGAAUUCUGCAAACAAAAAAACAAACAAACAAAGAGGAUGAGGUCAUUCUGUUCUGCUUUGGCCGUUCUCUGCCACUUUCUCGUUGACCUUUCCCUAGCCCCCAUCAUGGACUCAUAUCCUCAUCCAGCCAAAUACGUUUCCUGACAUAAAAUCAGAAUUUUCUGCCUGGUGUCUUCCUUGCAUAAUGGUACUGCCAGUUGUUCGUUUGUUUGUUUUUACAGUCUCCCUGACAGUUUGAUGUGCAUGUGAGUGCACAUAUGUGUGGAAGAUGAGGAAAAGGGAAAAGAAAGGGAGAAGAGAGGGAAGGGAAGAGUGUUUUGAAUUAUUUUUUCUACCUGUGCCUCAGCAUCUGUGCCAUUGAAUGACUGGUCUUGGCAGGGUCUUGUGUGGCCUGUGCUCAAAUUUCAUAAACAGGUACUGCUCUCCCCAUGCUCAGAGCAUGAAAAAUACUCCUUUUUGAGCCAAGCUCCUGAGCUGUGUGAACAUCCCUAUUUGAACCCUGAAGAGGUCCAUAAGAACUCUGUGCUGAGUUUGUUAGGCCUCAUGCCAGACUCACAGAGCAGGAGGGAAAGGAAAGGUGGUUUAUUAAAUAAUGUUUGCUGGGUCUUUUUCAUUGUGGGAGCUUCCCAGGCCAGCCCUUUCAUCUCUUCUGCAACUCAGCUUUCCACACCUGCCCAGCCCUUCCUCCCGGGACAGCAGAGAGUUCAGCCAGGUGUGAGCUGGUAGUUCGUAUUUUAAUUUUCCUUUUUUUUUUGUUUUUUUUCACUAAAGAAACAUGACAAAAGAUCUACCACAGGUACUGGACAGGUUUUGCUUGGUUGUGCCUCACAUAAGUUUUGGCACCUUGCAUGGGUUUUGGAUCUCUCCUCAAGUCUUUCCACUGCCCCCAAAGUGCCUGAGACAUGCUGAACAGACUCGAGACCAGGCACUCUCCCCUCCCUUUUCCCCAUCCAUUUCCCUUCCUACUCUGAACUGGCAACAUGGGACACAGGCACCUUUGGCUUAUACAUGGAGGUGAGAAGCAUUGUCUUGGACACUUUCCCCCUCAGCACUCAAGCAGGUGUUGAAGCACUUAAUACCAAAGAGAAGCAUGGUUCAUUGUUUGGAUUCUGAAUAUCUCUUUGUCUUUCCAUGCCAUUGUUUUAUUUGCAUCAGUGGUCUGUUCAAUCUCAGGUAAAUGAGGUCUUUUGCUUUUUUAGCUAGUUUUUAUUUACACAGAAAGGUUGGUGGCUAGACACUGCAGCCAUUUUCCUUCACAGCUCCAAGACCUUAUUGGUUAGUUAAAAAAAAGUCAAAGAGCCUCCACAUUUGGAGGGCAAAAGAUUUAGUUUGCCAUUGAACUUGUGAACUCAUAUUUAUCUUUAGAGAAAGCCAUAUGAAAUCAGACUGCAAUAUUAAUUAUGAAUGCUACUCUUGUGUUUAAAAUAAUAAUAAAAAUAAUUCAUGUGCUAAAUCACUUUGGAGUUCCUCUAUGUUUCUAGUACCAUACGUUGGCUUAGGUCCCACCCAGUCCCUCUCCUUCGUCAAGAAAGUUCAUUUGAAUGCUGCUGAAUACAUCUUUUUGGCAAGCUUACUGUGGUAGAGUAAGCAUUGUUAGAAAUUAGUUAUUGUGACCUCAAAGUAAUGUCUUAUGUAUCUGCAGGUUGUCUGUAUGUGUUCUGAAUAUAUGUUAUCUUGAUAACUGUUUCUUCAUGUGCUGAGUUAGUAAAAUGUUCAAUACUGUCCUUAAAAAAUUGCUUGUUUUCUCUCUUUCUCUCUCCUUCACACACAGAGAGCAAAGUUCAACUUAGCCAUGCAUUUUCUAGUAGAAAUGCUCCCCAGCUUUCUUUCAGAUGCAUGCAGUACUCUCCAAGUAGCUAGAAGACAAUUUAAAGUAGAGACUUUGUGAAUGUGAAUUUCACUUGUUAUUUGCCUGCUACUUGUUGGUGCAUGAUGUGGGUAAAUGGUAUGAUGUUCUUUUGAAAUGGAAUCACAGCCAAUAAAAAAGGUGAUUUCAUACA